AAUAAUAAAAUCUAAAACUAACGAAAAAAAAAUUUGUUGUAAAAUAAUCCCUUCUAAGAAAAAACAAAAAUUAAUAAAUAAAAAGCUUUAAUUUUUAACAAAAAAAAUAUAUUAUAAAUAAACUACCGGAUUACGCUUGGAUUGCUUUUAUUAAAUCUCAAAAAAAAAACAACAAAAACUAAAUUAAAUUCAAUUAAAAACAACCAAAAAAAAACGCUUUUUUAACAUUUAACAACAAAUUUUUAAUAAUUUUCCCCUCUUUCACACACACACAUUAACACUUAUUAUAUUCAUAUCUUAAACACACACACACACACAUACACAUUAUUUUAAUAUUUUACCCAAAACAACAAAAAAAAAAAAAACUAAACGUCAGUCAACAUGAAAAAGAGUAAUACCGCCAAUACAAUAUUGUCUUCAUUGCCCACAAGUCCGACCAUGUCGGCCCAAAGUUAUGCUGGCAGUAAAUCCAGUCUCAAUAGCAGUCGCUCCAGUCGCUCUUCUAUUAAUAUGCAAACGACCAAUUCGAAAAGCAAUAAGGUGGAUCAUGAAAUCGAAACUAUUUUAGAGAAGGCAAAAUUUUAUACUUCAGUAUGUUUGGGUACCACGGCAAUUUUAUCGGUUUUUACAUUUCUAUUUUUAAUACCCUUUGUUGUUGAUCCUGCUAUAUCGACCAUAAUUGCCGAUUAUGAUCCGGUGCCGGUUACUUGUAUUGUUAUCGAUCAUGUCUAUGCGGAGGGUAUUAGAAAUUGUACAUGGAGCUCAUGUCGGGAAGGCUGUACAUCAUCGCCGAACAAGUGUCAUCAACUAUACGUAAAUUAUACCCGUAUACCAUUCGCUGAAUGGCAGAAAAAUCCACGUGAUUUAGAGACCGUUGUAUGGGAUGUAAGCUAUACGAAAUUUUUAAUCAAUUCCGAAGGAUGUGGUUAUCCACCAACUACCAAUUGUAGUGUAUUUGCCAGACAAUAUGGGUAUAAUCACAUCAAUGAACCAUUCGCUUGCUACUAUAGUCGUGCCUAUCCCGAGGUGGUUAUUGGUCGUUAUUCGUGGGAGAAUAAUCUUUAUCAUCUAAUAUUAUCGCUGAUAAUACCCACAGUAUUAUUUGCCAUAUCGAUUGGGGUCUUAAGCUAUUGGUAUUGUCCGUGUUGUGAUAAUGCCUGUAAUAAAUCAUCAAGGGUUUAUGCUGAAAAAUUCCCCACUAAGGAAGAGAUUGCAAACUGCAUGAAAUGUAAUCCGGAAAAAUCUAUUUCCCUGAAUAGUUAUUGAAUUCUUUAAGAAUGUUUAAGUAACAAAAAACUUAAAUUACAAGUUAAAAUCUACACACACACACAAAUAACUAGAGAAAACUUAAAAUGCCUGAAAAGUGCCUGAAAACCGUUUGAAUUUAAAGAAUAAAAAACCAAGAAAAACAAAACUGAAAAUACUGAAACAUGUUAACAAGUAAAAAUUCCUUUUUUUCCUCUCUUAUAAUACUAUAAACAAAUAUCUAUAUAUUUACACUUACUUUAUAAAUUAUUUAAUAAAACAAAUGUAGCUUUCGAAUAAUCGUUUUAAACUUUCAAAAUUAUUUAAAACUAAAAAAGCACUAAGAGAAAAUCCAACUCUGUUAGGAAGAGUUACACCUAUAUACUUUUUAUAUAAAAAUUUUAUUUUAGAAAUGAAACCCGAGGCACAAAACUAUUUUGUAGUAGUUAGUGUUCAAACACUCCCUUUUUUCCUCCCCUAUUAAUUAAUGCUAGUUUCUCCUUAAACACACUUCAAAAUAGCUGUAAUUUUACACUUAGAAAUUAUUGAGUUUUACACAAAUCGAUUAAAUAGUCUUAGAAAUGUGUUUUUAUACUAAAAAAAAAAUGUAGUUGGUAGUUAGUACGUUACUUAUUGCAUACUUUUGUAGAAAGUUGAAGGAACUAAAUUGAUCUUGAAAUGUGAAGACUAUAGACUGAUCUAUAGUCAAGAGUAUAAAUUGAUCUAUAGUCAAGACUGUAGACUGAUCUGUAGUGGAGACCAUAUACUGAUCUAUAGUUAAGACUAUAGACUAAUCUACAGUAAAGGGUAUAAAUUGAUCUGAUAAUAUAGACUGAUUUCUAGUCAAGACUGUAGACUGAUCUAUAGUCAAGACUAUAGACUGAUCUAUAAUCAAGACUAUAGACU